AUGGCGGAGUACAAGUUGGCAGUGGAUUCCAGCAACAAGGCCACCGAGCUGCCGCUACUGAGGGUCUGUGGCACUGUGCAGCAGAAUCCUCACAUGCGUGCUUUCUGGGCCAGCACAAUAUCUUUCUUCCUUGCCUUCCUUGGCUGGUUUGCCUUGGCCCCUUUAGGCCUCGAAGUUGCGACCAGCAUGGGCACGUGCGAGAACCAGCUCUUCCCUCCCACGGACUUCCCAACACGACCAGCCUACCUGAAGUUCAAGAACUUGAAGAGUGGGCUGAGCUAUUGCCAGUAUGGGGUCCUCAAGGAGGACGGCAAGCCGAUCGAUUGCCAAGACGUCCCCGCAGAUGUGGUGAGCAGCGCCGGCUCAACCGCUGAGGAGAAGGAGAAGUACAGGCCCCAGGUGCUCACAAAGUGCGUGUGCACCCCAGGCACAGAGUGUAAGUCAGUGAUAGCGAACGCUGGCGUGGCCUCGGUUGCCUCGACCAUCUUCGUGAGGAUAGCCUUGGGGACGCUCCUAGAGCGCUUUGGCCCCGUGAACGUUCAGUGCGGCUUGAUGUCCUUCGGAGCUUUCUGGGUGGCCAUGGCAGCCGCGAUUACGGCUCCCUGGAACUAUACGCUGAUCCGCUUCUUCAUAGGCUGCGCUGGCGCCACUUUCGUGACCAAUCAAUUCUGGUGCUCGCUGAUGUUUGCACCCAACGUUGUUGGCACGGCCAACGCCACUGCGGCCGGUUGGGGCAACCUGGGAGGCGGCGUGACCCAGAUUUUUAUGAUGUCCGUACUUUUCAACCCUAUGGUGGCCUCCGGGAUGGAGCCAAAUGUCGCUUGGCGGGUCUCCAUGGUGGUGCCAGCGAUCAUGUUCGUGAUUUGCGCCAUCUGCAUGAAGCUCAUGAUGCCCGGCCGAUUGUGCUGGGAUAUGCCCACGGCACGCAACUACGAUCCGACCGUGACUGGCAAGACACAAAAGCCUUCGAUGUGGGACUAUGUCGAGGUGCUGCGUGACGUUCGCGUCGUGGUCAUGAUCUUCCAAUAUUCCGCGUGCUUCGGCACGGAACUCGCAAUGAACAAUCAGUUGGCUACGCAUUUUCGGACGUACUUCCAGAUGGAUGCAGGUGAUGCCAGCGCCCUGGCUGGUGCUUUUGGCCUGAUGAACCUUUUUGCGAGAUCACUUGGCAUCAGCAGCGACAUUUGCUUCAAGUACUUCGGCUUCCGCGGCCGCAUCUCGGCCCCAUCUGGCAUUUGGGCUCAGUUCCUGGCACUCUUCUUCGAAGCUAUCUUCUUGUUCAGCUUCGGAAAGGCCUGGCCCAAGGGCGCUUGUCCUGUCAGCAAGCAAACCACGAUGAUGCUGAUGAUGAUGACGAUGGUGGUGAUGAUGGUGGUGAUGAUGAUUCAGGUGGACAAUUCGCAGCCUUGGUACGUGGCCUUGGCAGUCUUGGUUUGCUUCUCGCUCUUUGUGCAGAUGGCUGAGGGCACCUCCUACGGCAUCGUGCCCUUCAUGAACCGGAAGCAACUCGCAGUGGUGUCCGCGCUUGUGGGUGCCGGUGGAAACCUCGGGGCAGUGAUUGCAGGCUUCUGCUUUUACAAGCCGAUCCAGGAUGCCCUGCUGCCUUUCCAGGCCACGCAGCGUCUCUUGUGCCCUGGUGCAGCCUCGAAGUUGGUCCAUGCGGGCUAUGUCAUGUUUUGGGCGCUGCUGAGCCCCUGCUACUACUGGUCCGAGAUGGGUGGGAUGUUUCACGGACCGGCACAGAGCGUCGAGAAGGCCAAGGGCCUCAAGACCAAAGCGGGCAAGACCGGCGACUACGAGUCUCACGCGGUGUCCGAGGUGACAAUCAUUAUGCUAAUUCGAUGGCUCGAGCCAGUUUUGUGUGGUCGGCCGGUGCCUUGGCAUGGAGUGCAAUGCACCGGCGAGUUCGGACAAGCCCGACAGAGUGUCUUUCCUCUGUGUAGAACCAUGGCGGAGUACAAGUUGGCAGUGGAUUCCAGCCACAAGGCCACCGAGCUGCCGCUACUGAGGAUCUGUGGCACUGUGCAGCAGAAUCCUCACAUGCGCGCUUUCUGGGCCAGCACAAUAUCUUUCUUCCUUGCCUUCCUUGGCUGGUUUGCCUUGGCCCCUUUAGGCCUCGAAGUUGCGACCAGCAUGGGCACGUGCGAGAACCAGCUCUUCCCUCCCACGGACUUCCCAACACGGCCAGCCUACCUGAAGUUCAAGAACUUGAAGAGUGGGCUGAGCUAUUGCCAGUAUGGGGUCCUCAAGGAGGACGGCAAGCCGAUCGAUUGCCAAGACGUCCCCGCAGAUGUGGUGAGCAGCGCCGGCUCAACCGCUGAGGAGAAGGAGAAGUACAGGCCCCAGGUGCUCACAAAGUGCGUGUGCACCCCAGGCACAGAGUGUAAGUCAGUGAUAGCGAACGCUGGCGUGGCCUCGGUUGCCUCGACCAUCUUCGUGAGGAUAGCCUUGGGGACGCUCCUAGAGCGCUUUGGCCCCGUGAACGUUCAGUGCGGCUUGAUGUCCUUCGGAGCUUUCUGGGUGGCCAUGGCAGCCGCGAUUACGGCUCCCUGGAACUAUACGCUGAUCCGCUUCUUCAUAGGCUGCGCUGGCGCCACUUUCGUGACCAAUCAAUUCUGGUGCUCGCUGAUGUUUGCACCCAACGUUGUUGGCACGGCCAACGCCACUGCGGCCGGUUGGGGCAACCUGGGAGGCGGCGUGACCCAGAUUUUUAUGAUGUCCGUACUUUUCAACCCUAUGGUGGCCUCCGGGAUGGAGCCAAACGUCGCUUGGCGGGUCUCCAUGGUGGUGCCAGCGAUCAUGUUCGUGAUUUGCGCCAUCUGCAUGAAGCUCAUGUGCUGGGAUAUGCCCACGGCACGCAACUACGAUCCGACCGUGACUGGCAAGACACAAAAGCCUUCGAUGUGGGACUAUGUCGAGGUGCUGCGUGACGUUCGCGUCGUGGUCAUGAUCUUCCAAUAUUCCGCGUGCUUCGGCACGGAACUCGCAAUGAAUAAUCAGUUGGCUACGCAUUUUCGGACGUACUUCCAGAUGGAUGCAGGUGAUGCCAGCGCCCUGGCUGGUGCUUUUGGCCUGAUGAACCUUUUUGCGAGAUCACUUGGAGGCAUCAGCAGCGACAUUUGCUUCAAGUACUUCGGCUUCCGCGGCCGCAUUUGGGCUCAGUUCCUGGCACUCUUCUUCGAAGCUAUCUUCUUGUUCAGCUUCGGAAAGGCCUGGCCCAAGGGCGCUUGUCCUGUCAGCAAGCAAACCACGAUGAUGCUGAUGAUGAUGACGAUGAUGGUGAUGAUGGUGGUGAUGAUGAUUCAGGUGGACAAUUCGCAGCCUUGGUACGUGGCCUUGGCAGUCUUGGUUUGCUUCUCGCUCUUUGUGCAGAUGGCUGAGGGCACCUCCUACGGCAUCGAUGCCCUGCUGCCUUUCCAGGUCCAUGCGGGCUAUGUCAUGUUUUGGGCGCUGCUGAGCCCCUGCUACUACUGGUCCGAGAUGGGUGGGAUGUUUCACGGACCGGCACAGAGCGUCGAGAAGGCCAAGGGCCUCACUACCAAAGCGGGCAAGACCGGCGACUACGAGUCUCACGCGGAUUCUGCCUUGGCUGCAGCUGCCCGAAGCUGUUCGUGGAACAGAGCUUGGGGCGCUUGUGACUCUGUACAUGCCGGUCUUGGCACUGCUGGCCUUGUUGGAGGUCUUGCCCAUUGUCUUGCAUCGGAUUGCCUUCCGCUACGAGGGCCUCAAAUCCUGGAGUGGACUGCAGAUGCUCACCAUGCGAAGGUAUUGGCGAUUCCAGCUGGCAACCAUUGGGGUCACAGUCCUUUCGGGCAGCGUUUCGAACUCACUGUC